CCCAGUAGGUCUCAACAAACAAGUGCAGUUGAAGUUAAAGCAAACACAUCGAAUAUGGCCAACAUUGGCUACGUUUUUAUAUGGACGCUAAUAGUGGUCAUUACUUCAGGGACGGAUCUAAACAAUGAUGAUUCUCUUAAUGAUGUCUUAAGCUACUCUACGCCCACAUUUAAUAGUGAGACAUCUUUGUCGGCUCAAAAUAUUGAAAAGAUUGAUGUUAAAUGCGACCAAGGAAAUGGCAUGACGGUGGAAGUAGACUUUUUAGAAAACUUUAACGGAAUUAUUUACAGUCAGGGAUACUACAAUGAUCCCAAAUGCACCUACGUGGCUGCCAAUAAUGGAGACAGAAAAUUUAUAUUCAAUGUGCCUUAUGACGGUUGCGGCAGUAAGCCGUCCUGCUCGAUAUGCUCUUCAAUUGAGAACGUCCUAAUUAUACAAAAUGACAAAGAUAUUCAGAAUAGUUGGGAUAUAGCGCGAAAAGUAUCAUGUAGCCGCAGCGAGGAGCAGGAGAAAACGGUUUACUUCAAGCCGUUUGUCGUUGAUAUGCUCGAAAUAGUUUCCGUUGAUACCCCAAGCGGCCCAGUGGAAUGCUGGAUGGAAAUUGGUACUGGAAUACCACCAAAUAUUAAGCCCAUUAGUACAACCUUGAAGCUUGGCACCGAUGUAACGUUUACCAUAAAUGUAAAGCAUUCGACUCAAGCAUGGGAUGUAAACAUACUGAAGUGCUAUGCCUCAGAUGACAUGAACUUUGAGGCAAAAACCACCAAGACGUUACAACUCUCCGAUAAAAGAGGCUGCACUAUCAAGGAAAAAAUAUUUGGGGAGUGGCAAAAGUUGGAAUCUCAGUCCAGGUCCAGUCUUACCUCCACAUAUUAUAAUACACUCAAAGCAUUUAAAUUCCCCGACCGAUCCCAAGUGUAUCUAAAAUGUGAUAUUGAAUUAUGCAAGGGAACGUGUCAAAGAGAAUACUCAUGUAGCAGCUUAAAGACCAAAAUACCUACAGAUGGGCCCAAGCUUAGGUGUUACCCUGGCUCAGCAGAUCCUGCCUGUCUUUUAACCACUUUCUCGCCACCAACAAAGCCAAGAAUAGCAAUAACGACAACCAAAUCACGCUGCUACACUGGAUCUACAGAUCCAGAAUGCCAAAAAACAACCUACUUCCCACAGACAACGACUGAAGCGCCAAUAGCCAUAGAACAACCAGAAUGUUAUCUAGGAUCGACAGAUGCUCGAUGUCGUAAGAGGCCCGCAACGACAACAAAGCCCAGAUGUUACCCUGGAUCAUCAGAUCCAGACUGUCAGCCCGCAACUUACUUACCACCAACAACGAUCAAAACACGAGUAGAUAGACCCAAACCACGGUGCUUCCCAGGUUCAACCGAUCCCCGAUGCCCUCAAGAACCCUCAUCAACACUGAAACCACGUUGCUAUCCCGGCUCAUCCGAUCCUGAGUGUCUUCCAUCGACAUACGCACCACCUACAACUAGAAGAACCCCAACAUACUCGGCUCCGACGACGACUAGAGCUCCUAUAACUAUAGAAACACCGAAAUGCUAUCCAGGAUCAACCGAUCCUCGAUGUCCUCAGAGGCCAGCCACGACAACAAAGCCUAGAUGUUAUCCUGGAUCAUCGGAUCCAGAGUGUCAGCCCGCAACUUACCUGCCUCCAACAACGAUCAAAACACCAGUAGAUAGACCAAGACCACGGUGUUACCCAGGUUCAACCGAUCCUCGAUGCCCUCAAGAACCCGCAUCGACACUGAAACCACGUUGCUAUCCCGGCUCAUCCGAUCCUGAGUGUCUUCCAUCGACAUACGCACCACCUACAACUAGAAGAACCCCAACAUACUCGGCUCCGACGACGACUAGAGCUCCUAUAACUAUAGAAGUACCGAAAUGCUAUCCAGGAUCGACUGAUCCUCGAUGUCCUCAGAGGCCGGCAACUACAACAAAGCCGAGAUGUUAUCCUGGGUCAUCAGAUCCAGACUGCCUUAACUGCUUUCCAGGCUCUCCAGAUCCAAGAUGUCCUAAAGUGCCAACAACUAAAAAGGCAGGCUGCGAGGAGAACCCAGAUGACCCCAGAUGUCAACCUGCCACCUAUUUACCGCCUUCCACUUAUCGCACUCCAACUCUUUCACCUAAGCCGAGGUGCUAUCCUGGAUCCAGAGAUCCCGAGUGUCUACCAGCAACUAACCAGCCGCCAACAACGAUCAGAACAACAGUCGCACCCAAACCACAGUGCUUCCCAGGGUCUACCGAUCCCCGAUGUCCUCAGAAGCCCGAAACGACAACAAAGCCGAGAUGUUAUCCUGGCUCAUCAGAUCCAGAGUGUCAGCCCGCAACUUACCUGCCUCCAACAACGAUCAAAACACCAGUAGAUAGACCCAAACCACGGUGCUUCCCAGGUUCAACCGAUCCUCGAUGCCCUCAAGAACCCGCAUCGACACUGAAACCACGUUGCUAUCCCGGCUCAUCCGAUCCUGAGUGUCUUCCAUCGACAUACGCACCACCUACAACUAGAAGAACCCCAACAUACUCGGCUCCGACGACGACUAGAGCUCCUAUAACUAUAGAAACACCGAAAUGCUAUCCAGGAUCGACCGAUGCUCGAUGUCCUCAGAGGCCCGCGACGACAACAAAGCCGAGAUGUUAUCCUGGAUCAUCAGAUCCAGAGUGUCAGCCCGCAACUUACCUGCCGCCAUCAACGAGCAAAACACCAGUAGAUAGACCAAAACCACGGUGUUACCCAGGUUCAACCGAUCCUCGAUGCCCUCAAGAACCCGCAUCGACACUGAAACCACGUUGCUAUCCCGGCUCAUCCGAUCCUGAGUGUCUUCCAUCGACAUACGCACCACCUACAACUGGAAGAACCCCAACUUACUCGGCUCCGACGACGACUAGAGCUCCUAUAACUAUAGAAGUACCGAAAUGCUAUCCAGGAUCGACUGAUCCUCGAUGUCCUCAGAGGCCCGCGACGACAACAAAACCUAGAUGUUAUCCUGGCUCAUCAGAUCCAGACUGCCUUAACUGCUUUCCAGGCUCUCCAGAUCCAAGAUGUCCUAAGGUGCCAACAACUAAAAAGGCAGGCUGCGAGGAGAACCCAGAUGACCCCAGAUGUCAACCUGCCACCUAUUUACCGCCUUCCACUUAUCGCACUCCAACUCUUUCACCUAAGCCGAGGUGCUAUCCUGGAUCCAGAGAUCCCGAGUGUCUACCAGCAACUUACCAGCCGCCAACAACGAUCAGAACAACAGUCCCACCCAAACCACAGUGCUUCCCAGGGUCUACCGAUCCUCGAUGUCCUCAGAAGCCCGCAACGACAACAAAGCCGAGAUGUUAUCCUGGCUCAUCAGAUCCAGAGUGUCAGCCCGCAACUUACCUGCCUCCAACAACGAUCAAAACACCAGUAGAUAGACCCAAACCACGGUGCUUCCCAGGUUCAACCGAUCCUCGAUGCCCUCAAGAACCCGCAUCGACACUGAAACCACGUUGCUAUCCCGGCUCAUCCGAUCCUGAAUGUCUUCCAUCAACAUACGCACCACCUACAACUAGAAGAACCCCAACUUACUCGACUCCGACGACGACUAGAGCUCCUAUAACUAUAGAAGUACCGAAAUGCUAUCCAGGAUCGACUGAUCCUCGAUGUCCUCAGAGGCCCGCGACUACAACAAAGCCGAGAUGUUAUCUUGGAUCAUCAGAUCCAGAGUGUCAGCCCGCAACUUACCUGCCGCCAUCAACGAGCAAAACACCAGUAGAUAGACCAAAACCACGGUGUUACCCAGGUUCAACCGAUCCUCGAUGCCCUCAAGAAUCCGCAUCGACACUGAAACCACGUUGCUAUCCCGGCUCAUCCGAUCCUGAGUGUCUUCCAUCGACAUACGCACCACCUACAACUGGAAGAACCCCAACUUACUCGGCUCCGACGACGACUAGAGCUCCUAUAACUAUAGAAACACCGAAAUGCUUUCCAGGAUCGACCGUUGCUCGAUGUCCUCAGAGGCCCGCGACGACAACAAAGCCGAGAUGUUAUCCUGGAUCAUCAGAUCCAGAGUGUCAGCCCGCAACUUACCUGCCGCCAUCAACGAGCAAAACACCAGUAGAUAGACCAAGACCACGGUGUUACCCAGGUUCAACCGAUCCUCGAUGCCCUCAAGAACCCGCAUCGACACUGAAACCACGUUGCUACCCCGGCUCAUCCGAUCCUGAGUGUCUUCCAUCGACAUACGCACCACCUACAACUAGAAGAACCCCAACUUACUCGGCUCCGACGACGACUAGAGCUCCUAUAACUAUAGAAACACCGAAAUGCUUUCCAGGAUCGACCGAUGCUCGAUGUCCUCAGAGGCCCGCGACGACAACAAAGCCGAGAUGUUAUCCUGGAUCAUCAGAUCCAGAGUGUCAGCCCGCAACUUACCUGCCGCCAUCAACGAGCAAAACACCAGUAGAUAGACCAAAACCACGGUGUUACCCAGGUUCAACCGAUCCUCGAUGCCCUCAAGAACCCGCAUCGACACUGAAGCCACGUUGCUAUCCCGGCUCAUCCGAUCCUGAAUGUCUUCCAUCGACAUACGCGCCACCUACAACUAGAAGAACCCCAACUUACUCGACUCCGACGACGACUAGAGCUCCUAUAACUAUAGAAACACCGAAAUGCUAUCCAGGAUCAACCGAUCCUCGAUGUCCUCAGAGGCCCGCGACGACAACAAAACCUAGAUGUUAUCCUGGCUCAUCAGAUCCAGACUGCCUUAACUGCUUCCCAGGCUCUCCAGAUCCAAGAUGUCCUAAAGUGCCAACAACUAAAAAGGCAGGCUGCGAGGAGAACCCAGAUGACCCCAGAUGUCAACCUGCCACCUAUUUACCGCCUUCCACUUAUCGCACUCCAACUCUUUCACCUAAACCGAGGUGCUAUCCUGGAUCCAGAGAUCCCGAGUGUCUACCAGCAACUUACCAGCCGCCAACAACGAUCAGAACAACAGUCCCACCCAAACCACAGUGCUUCCCAGGGUCUACCGAUCCUCGAUGUCCUCAGAAGCCCGAAACGACAAAAAAGCCGAGAUGUUAUCCUGGCUCAUUAGAUCCAGAGUGUCAGCCCGCAACUUACCUGCCUCCAACAACGAUUAAAACACCAGUAGAUAGACCCAAACCACGGUGCUUCCCAGGUUCAACCGAUCCUCGAUGCCCUCAAGAACCCGCAUCGACACUGAAACCACGUUGCUAUCCCGGCUCAUCCGAUCCUGAGUGUCUUCCAUCGACAUACGCACCACCUACAACUGGAAGAACCCCAACUUACUCGGCUCCGACGACGACUAGAGCUCCUAUAACUAUAGAAGUACCGAAAUGCUAUCCAGGGUCGACUGAUCCUCGAUGUCCUCAGAGGCCGGCAGUUACAACAAAGCCGAGUUGUUAUCCUGGCUCAUCAGAUCCAGAGUGUCAGCCCGCAACUUACCUGCCUCCAACAACGAUCAAAACACCAGUAGAUAGACCCAAACCACGGUGCUUCCCAGGUUCAACCGAUCCUCGAUGCCCUCAAGAACCCGCAUCGACACUGAAACCACGUUGCUAUCCCGGCUCAUCCGAUCCUGAGUGUCUUCCAUCGACAUACGCACCACCUACAACUGGAAGAACCCCAACUUACUCGGCUCCGACGACGACUAGAGCUCCUAUAACUAUAGUAGUACCGAAAUGCUAUCCAGGGUCGACUGAUCCUCGAUGUCCUCAGAGGCCGGCAACUACAACAAAGCCGAGAUGUUAUCCUGGCUCAUCAGAUCCAGAGUGUCAGCCCGCAACUUACCUGCCUCCAACAACGAUCAAAACACCAGUAGAUAGACCCAAACCACGGUGCUUCCCAGGUUCAACCGAUCCUCGAUGCCCUCAAGAACCCGCAACGACAUUGAAGCCACGUUGCUAUCCCGGCUCAUCCGAUCCUGAGUGUCUUCCAUCGACAUACGCACCACCUACAACUAGAAGAACCCCAACAUACUCGGCUCCGACGACGACUAGAGCUCCUAUAACUAUAGAAGUACCGAAAUGCUAUCCAGGAUCGACUGAUCCUCGAUGUCCUCAGAGGCCAGCAGCUACAACAAAGGCGAGAUGUUAUCCUGGCUCAUCAGAUCCAGACUGCCUUAACUGCUUUCCAGGCUCUCCAGAUCCAAGAUGUCCUAAAGUGCCAACAACUAAAAAGGCAGGCUGCGAGGAGAACCCAGAUGACCCCAGAUGUCAACCUGCCACCUAUUUACCGCCUUCCACUUAUCGCACUCCAACAAUUUCACCAAAGCCGAGGUGCUAUCCUGGAUCAAGAGAUCCUGAGUGCCUACCAGCAACCUACCAGCCACCAACAACUAUAGAAACACUAACGGAGAGGCCUAAGCCAAGAUGUUACCCUGGUUCUACUGAUCCUCGGUGCCCUCAAGAGCUACCUUCGACAACAAAACCGAGAUGCUAUCCGGGAUCAACAGCUCCAGACUGUCUAGCACCAACGUAUUUGCCACCAACAACGAAACAAAUUCCAACCUCUAGUACUAUAACACCUAAGCCCGUAACAACAGAUGGAGAAAAGUUUAGGUGCUACUCUGGUUCGCCAGACCCCCGUUGCAAGCAGGACAGUACUGUGAUACCCUCCUAUAACUUGAUUACUUCCACUCAGCCACCCGCAACAACGCCUACUUAUUGUUAUCCUGGAUCUAUUGAUCCACGUUGCCCCAACAGCGGAUACAAAGGUACGAGUCGUAUUCCUGCUACAUAUCUACCGCCCUUGAGUGACCCGGGCUACGACAGGACUAUUCGUAAUGCAAAGAGCUCUUUUUUUAAGGAAAUUAACCAAUUGGCAUUCACCGAUAAUAACAUUUUUGAGAUUGAUGAGGACGAAAGCGAAUCAACUAGAGUUAAACGGGAGUUAAAGGCUGCCGACGAAAAUUCAUUGAUCAUUUCUCAAGAAGACGACCUAUUAUCGAGAAGAAUUGUUAAGCGUGAGUUUAGUGAACGGCCAUCAGAGAGUGAAGUGAUUUCUCUGACACUUGGUAUUCGAACGGGGAUCAAUGUUAAUUAGUCAUGGAAGUUAAAUACCUAGCACUAGCAAUAUUAUUAUAAUACCCAUCUUACACCGAUAUGUAUUUUACUUAGCCAGAUUUUCAUUAAAUAUAAAUCUUUGUACAAAUUGUAACGAACCGUUUUUGUUCGUUUUAAUUUCCUUUAGUUUGGUCUCAUCGAACGGCCUAGAGUUGGCUGAGCUACGACUUUCGGCGUCUACUCUCUUUUCCUAACCUCAUGAAUUUGAAUUCCACGCCUUUAGAACUUCAAGCUAACGCCCUGAGUUUAUAACGUUUAUAACGCUUCUCCGGAUAUACAGCGGGUCGGCACUACAACCCGACAGACACUCCGAGCUUCGUUCCAUAACUGCUGCCGCCUGGUGUGGCACAAAACGCAUCCGUUGCUAAUACGACCCUUGAUACGACUCAUGACUCAGGUUAAGCUCUGCUCUCUCAGCUCCACCCGGGACGCACCCACUCCUUUAGCUUUGCACACUUCACGGACUGCCGGAUAUAGUCUGCUGGCGCAACCGACCGACUGACCUCUAAAUCACUACUUGGAUAGAAAGUAAUAUAAAGGCUAUA